AUGCGCGCGAAACCAUCUAAUAUAGACUCACAGUAUGAAUCGGACGACGACCAAAAUUCAUUGAAACAUAAUGAAUCUUCGCCUGAUCCACACUAUCAUCGUACUGUUGUUAACCCAUAUGAAAACUCUGUUGGCAGAAUUAAUUCAGUAGAUGACAGAGAAAGAGAAACCGAACCUUUAUUGGAUAUAAACAAAGUAGAACCAGUUUCGACAAGUUACCUACCAUGCACAAAAAUAUCUUCGCGUUAUGUUCUCGCAAUUUGGGCUUUCUUUGGUUUCUUCGCUUUGUAUGCAAUGCGCGUGAAUUUAUCUGUUGCCAUCGUUGCCAUGGUAGCUCCACAGAGCACCUUGAAUCGAUCAGUUCAAGCAUGUCCGGUUACGAAAGUAAAUUCCACAAAACCUCCACCCGAAUAUGAAUUUGAUUGGGAGCCAUCAAAACAAGGACUAAUUCUCGGCGCUUUUUUCUAUGGCUAUAUUACUACACAAAUAAUAGGAGGUAAUUUGGCUGAGAAGUUUGGCGCUAAAUGGAUUUUUGGCGGCAGUAUUUUGGUUUCGAGUAUUCUAACGCUUUUAACACCACUAGCAGCCCGUGUUGACUAUCGUCUACUGGUCGCAAUUAGAGUCAUCAUCGGUAUGGCCUCUGGUCCAGCCUUUCCAUCAGCAGCAGCACUCUGGGGGCAAUGGAUCCCGGCAUCUGAACGUAGUACAGUUCCGCCAGCAGCACAAACUGGAACCAAUAUCGGUAUCAUAUGUACCACACCGUUAGUCAGUGUCAUGGUCGACGGCGGCUUUCUCGGUGGAUGGCCGUCGGCAUUUUAUGUUUUCGGUGCGCUUUCUGUUUUAUGGUUUAUUGGUUGGUGCUUUUUUGGCUUUAAUUCUCCGAAUGUUCAUCCAAGAAUUUCGAAGAAAGAACUCAUCUAUCUUAAUAAAGAGAUUGUAUCACAUCCGACUAAACGUCGUCGUACACCGUGGAAAGCAAUCGCGCGUUGCGCACCCCUCUAUGGUGUUGCAAUCAAUCAUGUGUGUUUUAAUUUCAUCUACUAUACUCUGUUGACGUCAUUACCAACUUAUUUUUCUACUAUACUUAAUUUCAAUUUACAUCAGAGUGGUUUUACUUUUGCUUUACCAUACUGUGCGCAAUUUCUUACGAUUAUUGUUAUUGGCCAACUCGUUGAUCGUAUUCGAGCACGAAAGAUUCUCUCGAUCACAGUGCUUCGAAAAGCACAAGCUAUUAUCGGUACACUCGGUACAUGUUCAUUUCUCAUCGCAAUCGGUUACAUGGGAUGCGAUCAUAUUGGCGCUGUUAUUUGUUGUAUUCUUGCGGUUGGCUUUCUCGGCUUUAAUACAUGUGGACCGAUCAUUGCUCAUUUAGAUAUCGCAUCAAAUUAUGCUGGAACAUUGGUCGGAAUCACAAAUAUGCUAGCCACUAUACCUGGUUUUGUCGGUCCAUAUGUAGUUGGUGCUAUUACGAACGAUAAUCAAACAAUUGCUGCUUGGCGAAUGAUAUUCAGCAUUUCUGCUGGUAUUGGUGCUUUUGGUUGUAUAGCCUUUUGUAUUUUAUUCAAUGGCGAAGAACAAAAAUGGAAUCGUAUUGAUUAUGAAGAAGAAUCGGUUGAUACCUAA